AUCGGUUUUGUGUUCGUGCUUCGCUCCGCCGCGCCCAAAGAAGAUUUCGAAUAUAUCAAAUAUCGCACGAAAUUUUGUUGUUCGCAUACGGUAUACGGAAGCAGCUAACACAGAUUCAGAAUCAGAUUCAGAAUCUGCAGACGGGGAGGAGCUGUAAUCCUCAAUAAAUGUUUAUAAAUAUCACUUAAGAGCGAUCCCCCCAUUCAGUUCGCAAUUUUUCAAUAUAUUUUUGUUUUGUUUUAAACAAAAAGCCGUGUGCCGCGUAUCUGGUUAAUGUCAGCGCGAAAACUCAAAUCGAUUUAUGGUUUGUGAUUGCAAAUUUGACAUAAUUGUUGCAUUAACCCGAAUCAGCGCCAAAGAUGACGCACUCCAGUCCGACUUUAAGCUCCGCUCUGCUGCUCUGCUGCACAGUUAUGCUGCUGGCCACGGCGGCAUCAGGUAUCCAGAACAGGACCAACAGCAACGGCAACGGCAACGGCAGCCCCUCAAACCCCAGGCUGCAGGCCCAUCGAGGGCACGGCCAUCGACAGCGACACCAUCAGGGGAGUCAGGGGAGUCCCCUGGCAGCGACACACCAGCGACAGACGCGCCGAAUGCAGUUGGCCAACCAGGCCAAGGCGGAGGUGGAACUGCUGCCGGGCGUGACCAUGCAGGAGGUCACCCGACUGCGUCGCAUCCAUCCUCACAAUCCCUACAACAAGGUUCUGACGCGUCGCCUGCAUCAGCAGGGCGCUGGAGCGGGCGUCCGUCCCACCGAGUGGGACUACAACACCUACAACAUCUACACGAACACCUUCGGCCCGCCGCCGCCACCGGUUCCGCCCUCCUCGCCGCACUCUGGCAAGGGGGAGGACAACACCCAGGAUGUGGAGUUCAUUGGGGUGCGGGAGCGGGGACGUGGCUACAACUAUGUGCCGUCCGUGUCUGUGAGCAGUACCACUGCUCCACCGCCGAGCCUCAACCGCCGCUCUGCCACCCCGGGACUGAGCAGCAUCGGCACCAUACCGCCUCUGGUUCCGGCCAGGCGUGGCUACGUCUACACGACCACGGCUCCCGCGACCACCACAUCCACAUCCGGUGUGACCACGGAGGAUCCCUACGAGACGAACACAAUUGGACGCAACUAUCCCACGGAUCCCAAGGAGAUGGAACGGCGACACAUUUGCGUGCAGCAGCGGACAAUCACGAUGCCCGUCAAGACGACCGAGGUGUACACGCGCCCCACCUGGAAGCACGUCAGCACGCCCUGCCAGCCCCAAUCUUAUUCGGGGCAGAUGUGCACGCGGGUGCAGGUGGUCCACGAGCCGGCCUACCGGGACGUGAUCAAGCACAAGACGGCCCAGCAGAUGACCUACGACUGCUGUACGGGCUGGAGCCGAGAGAACCCGCGGGCGGAUGCGUGCAUGAAACCUGUUUGCUCCACGCGCUGCCAGAACGGCGGCAACUGCACGGCUCCCCAGACCUGUUCCUGUCCGUCCGGCUAUACGGGCCGUCACUGCGAGGUGGAUGUGAACGAGUGCCACGUGGAGAAGCCGUGCGACCAGCAGUGUGUGAACACCCCCGGCUCCUACUUCUGCCGCUGCAGGCAGGGCUUCGUGCUGCAGGCGGACCAGCAGAGCUGCAAGAAGGUGUCCACCCACGACGACGACGCCUUCGAGGCGCGAGAUCUUGAGAACGAUAUCGAUGACAUGGAUCCGGAGGUGGCAACGCGACUGCAGAAGAUCGAACGCUCGCUGGCCAAUGAGCGGGUGCACACCAAUGAGCUGCAAAAGUCCCUACAGGCCACAUACAGUGUGGUGGACACGCUCCAGACGAGGCUGAGCACCCUGGAAAAGCAAGCCCAGGACGUGAGUCGGCUCCAGACGAAUCUGUACAAGACGGAGUCGCGGACCAACAAGCUGGAGGGGAUGCUCAAUCUUCUUCUCAAGUGCCGAAACGGCCCCAACGCCAACUGUCCCUAGGGGCCGACGAGAGGGCACAAAGAACUGCAUUUUUUUUACGAAAAUCUAAUAUAAAUUAAAUGUUUAGUUAAUUUAAUUGUCUAUUCUGUUCACCAUGCUCCUGCUUGUAAGCCAUUCCCGAAUGCGAGUGCCUCUGUAGUCUCUAGAAUCAGCGCCAGAACACCUAGUACUUAAGCGAUGAACGUGUCAUAAGUGUAUUACGAUCUGAGGAUUUAUGUAGUUGUAACCGUCUCCACUGCUCCGCUCCCAUGUGUGUGUGUGUGUCAGUGUUUAGUUUUUUUUUUUUGCAUGUAUCUGUAUAUAAUUAUAAUGUAUAUGAGAAAUUCAUUGCACAAAUAAAUGCAUUUUCAAAUUCA